UGGAAGUAUUCUGUGGCUAAAGUUUGAAAUUUUAAUAUUUUUAAUUUCAGAAACUUUUUCAGUAGCUUUAGUCUUUAUCUAUAAAUUAUGACUGAAAAAUCAAUUUUGGAUCUUUUGCUGGGUAAUAUUUCUUUUAACCGUGAUAAUGUCGAUCCAUUAUUGCUCCGAAAUGAAGCAACUAAAAUCUCUUCUGGACUUGCUGGUAAUUUGAACGAAAUAGGAAGUAACCCUUCCUAUCCUUCUCAUCACUGGAAGGAUGAUUUGAUGUUCAUUCACAAAUUAUGUAUGAAGGAUGAGAAACAUCAUCAUGUCGAUGAAACUAACAGAUCAGCAGUCUUGGAUGUCCUAGGAAAAGCUUUUGAAAAAGAUGAAAUCUUGGAAAUUUCAGAGAAAUGUGUACACGAAAUCAAAACGUCAGUAAUUCAAUUCAUGAAGAACAUGAGAACAUACUACCAUGAAAAAAAUUCAGAAUUUAAUUCAACAUGGGAACCCAUACGUAAGGAUCUGAAAAUAUUGGAAGAGACAAGUAGACUUGAAUUUAACCUUGUCAUCUGUCCAAAAAUUGAGAAUAUAUAUAACACUACUUCAAUCAUGUCUAGUAUGGGAAAUAAUGAAAAAAUCUUGGGUUCCAAUAAUGAUGAUUUUAGGCUGAAGCAUAUAAACUUUGGAUAUGCUGUAAUUAAUAUAGGAAGUCAACUUGAGAGGUCAAGACAUAUAACAAUUUUGCUCGAUAUGUUGUCUGAAUAUGAAGAGCUUUAUGCCUAUGAGAAAGAGUUUUGCAAAUACCUAUUGAACUUUAUAGAUCAGAACAAUGACCUACUAAAAUAUUUCUGCGAUAAAUUUUUUUUUAUCUUGGAAAUUCAAAUAAUAGAUAUAUGUACAAAUUUGAUCAAGGGGACAAGUGAUGAAUUCAAGACCCAGAUGGAACUGUAUCUGAAAACCAAAGAGUUUAGUAACUUGAUUGCUGCUUGUAAACAGAAUCAUUUUCUUCAUCUGAACGUCAAGAGUGUAUUAUAUACAUUGUAUUGCUUCAGUAGAUUUGAUGUUAGAAUAUUAAAUUUCAUGAAGAAAAUAAACAAUAAUGUGCAGGGUGCAGAAGAUGAAGCUUUUCAGUUUUCACUGAGUAGUAUAUAGAUAAGAAUGAUAUGCAAGGAAAUCUAGGUUUUUCAUUGAUUAUGAGAUAAAGUUUAGAAUCUUAUCUGUAAAUAUUUUCUUCGAAAAUAAACAAUCUGUCUCA